GGGUUGGGUCGCUAGUUCCGCUUCCCCUCCGCCAUUGUGGAUCUGACGGUGUCUCUGCCCGACAAGGAGAAAGAAAAAUAAAUUAUACAAGCAAGGAAGCAGUUCAGCCUAAUGUGUUUAUUAGAGAAGUGUCACAAAAACAGGUUGUAAAAUAUUAGUUAUUUUAAAGUACAAAUAAUUAGGACAUUGUUGUCGGUUUCCGGGAGGCGGAGUCUGGAGUUUGUGGAAGUUUGAAGCUGUGGAGUUGAGAUCUUCGCUUGGUGGUCUCUGCCCUCCUCUCUUCCCGCGGUGUCUCCCUGUCAUGUGUGAUAACGGUGAGCUGGAGGACAAACCGCCCGCCCCCCCGGUCAGAAUGAGCAGCGCCAUCUUCAGCUCUGGAGGAGGCAAGGACCCGCUGUCAGCCAAUCACAGCUCCAAGCCCCUGCCCUCUGUGCCAGAGGAGAGGAAACCCCGCAACAAGAUCAUCUCUAUCUUCUCCGGGACAGAGAAAGGUAGCAAGAAGAAGGAGAAGGAGCGUCCUGAGAUCUCCCCUCCCUCGGACUUCGAGCACACCAUCCAUGUGGGCUUCGACGCAGUCACAGGAGAGUUCACUGGCAUGCCGGAGCAGUGGGCCAGGCUGCUGCAGACCUCCAACAUCACCAAGUCCGAGCAGAAGAAGAACCCCCAGGCGGUGCUGGACGUCCUCAAAUUCUACGACUCCUCCGACAACGCCAAGCAGAAAUACCUCAGCUUCUCUGCCUCCGAUAAAGAUGCUUUUUCCUCAGGAACGCAGGCGUCCGCCAAGAAGGGGGUGGAGCAGACGGCCGAUGCGGGUACAGAUGAUGAUGAUGAGGAGACCCCUCCCCCUAUCGUGGCACCACGUCCUGAGCACACCAAAUCGAUGUACACACGCUCCGUCAUCGACCCCAUCCCUGCGCCAGCAGCACACACGGACGGAGACAAGGCUGCCGAUCGACAGAAGAAGAAAUCCAAGAUGACAGAUGAGGAGAUCAUGGAGAGACUGAGAACCAUAGUCAGUAUUGGAGACCCAAAGAAGAAAUACACGAGAUAUGAGAAGAUUGGGCAGGGGGCUUCGGGAACAGUGUUUACAGCAAUCGAUGUCGCCACUGGGCAAGAGGUUGCUAUCAAACAAAUCAAUCUGCAGAAGCAGCCCAAGAAAGAGCUGAUUAUCAACGAGAUUCUUGUGAUGAAAGAGUUAAGGAACCCCAACAUCGUCAACUUCGUUGACAGUUUCCUGGUAGGGGACGAGCUCUUCGUGGUGAUGGAGUACCUGGCCGGAGGCUCGCUGACCGAUGUAGUGACAGAGACCUGUAUGGACGAGGCUCAGAUUGCAGCCGUGUGCCGGGAGUGUUUGCAAGCCCUGGAGUUCCUGCAUGCUAACCAGGUGAUCCAUCGAGACAUCAAGAGUGACAACGUGCUCCUGGGAAUGGACGGCUCUGUCAAACUCACUGAUUUUGGGUUCUGUGCUCAGAUCACCCCUGAGCAGAGCAAGCGCAGCACCAUGGUGGGCACCCCCUACUGGAUGGCCCCAGAAGUGGUCACACGGAAAGCGUACGGCCCCAAAGUGGACAUCUGGUCUCUGGGGAUCAUGGCCAUCGAGAUGGUGGAGGGGGAGCCCCCUUACCUCAAUGAGAACCCCCUGAGGGCCCUGUAUCUCAUUGCCACGAAUGGCACCCCUGAGCUGCAGAACCCGGAGAAGCUCUCCCCGAUCUUCAGGGACUUCCUGAACCGCUCUCUGGAGAUGGACGUGGAGAAGAGAGGCAGCGGCAAGGAGCUGCUGCAGCACCCCUUCCUGAAGCUGGCCAAGCCUCUGUCCAGCCUGACGCCUCUCAUUCUGGCAGCCAAGGAAGCCAUGAAGAGCAGCCGCUAGCCAAGCCUUCCUGUGCCACCGGCAUCGGACCAGCCACCGCCACAUGAGAACUGGAGCACCACCACGCCUUUCAAUACUGCAUCUCUCCCCUCGCUCUCCACCCUCCUCCUCGCCUUUCAAACUGCAUCUCUCCCCCUCGCUCUCCACUCUCCCCCUCGCCUUUCAAACUGCAUCUCUCCCCCACGCUUUCCACCCUCCUCCUCGCCUUUCAAACUGCAUCUCUCCCCCUCGCUCUCAACUCUCCCCUUCGCUCUCCACCCUCCUCCUCGCCUUUCAAACUGCAUCUCUCCCCCUCGCCUUUCAAACUGCAUCUCUCCCCCUCGCCUUUCAAACUGCAUCUCUCCCCCUCGCCUUUCAAACUGCAUCUCUCCCCCUCGCCUUUCAAACUGCAUCUCUCCCCCUCGCCUUUCAAACUGCAUCUCUCCCCCUCGCUCUCCACUCUCCCCCUCGCCUUUCAAACUGCAUCUCUACCCCUCACUCUCUACUCUCCCCCUCUCCUUUCAAACUGCAUCUCUCCCCCUCGCUCUCCACUCUCCCCCUCGCCUUUCAAACUGCAUCUCUCCCCCUCGCUCUCCACUCUCCCCCUCGCCUUUCAAACUGCAUCUCUCCCCCUCGCUCUCCACUCUCCCCCUCGCCUUUCAAACUGCAUCUCUCCCCCUCGCUCUCCACUCUCCCCUACGCCUUUCAAACUGCAUCUCUUCCCCUCGCUCUCCACUCUCCCCCUCGCCUUUCAAACUUCAUCUCCCCCCACGCUCUCUACUCUCCCUCACACUCUCUACUCUCCCUCACGCUCUCUACUCUCCACUCUCACCUUUCAAACUGCAUCUCUUCCCCUCGCUCUCCACUCUCCCCCUCGCCUUUCAAACUUCAUCUCCCCCCACGCUCUCUACUCUCCCUCACACUCUCUACUCUCCCUCACGCUCUCUACUCUCCACUCUCACCAUUCAAACUGCAUCUCGCCCCCUCUCUCCCUACUCUCCCCCAUGCUCUCUACCCUCUCUGUUUUCUCGCUCGCUCUCGCUCUCGCUCUCUCUCUCUCUCUCUCUCAUGAUCUGUGUGUCUCUCCUUCUCUCCUCUGCUGUGCCUGGGUAUCUACAUUAGGAAUGGGUAAAAAGGCUCUGGUUUUCCCUCCUCCACUUUGAACUUCUUGAGCCAGUUGUUUGUGAAUUGAUUGCGAUACCAAACAGCGAGUAGGGCAUCCAUGUACCUGCACACAUUCACACAUACCAUUUUCACCACAAAUGUGAUUUAUCGAUUGGAAUCUGUCUCUAGUUAAUAAAAAAAAAAAACUUAAAAUUUUUUAAAAAGUAUUGUUCGGCGCCCUUUUGGAUCCGAUUGUUCUUUACCGUGGAAAGCGGUUGAAUGACAGCAAUUCAUCCCAAAUGGCGCCCACAAAAACCUUGUGGUGAUGGGAAGUCGGCUGCACUUUCAUGUAAGUUGAGCUCACCUAGUUUGAUCAAUGUGGAACGAAGGUUCUGCUGUGUAUAAUUUGAAUGAAGAAUUGGGUUCAAAGGUAAUGGUGUACACCCUAAAGGGGAGUAGGAUUCCAGACCUCUUUCCUUGUCUCUAAUCUCAAUACUUGAAUUGCAGAGCUCUGUUAACCUUGAAGGGGGCGCUUUUUAAUUCAUGUUCUAUGACCUUUUAUUGUUUCUUAAAAUACAAAAAGAAAGUGUUUUUUUAGUGUAUAGGGUGAGCUGUUUCUUUCUUUAUUUACUAGGACUCGGGAAGCUUAACCCUUCAGAUUUUUUAAUUGUUUUGUAUAUUAUGUACUUAAAGUGGAAAUUGCAGCCUAGCUAUCCGGACAUUUUUAUAUUUCAAGUAGCUGUGUGUGUACACUGUUAUUUUUGUUUAUUUUUAAACUAACAAUCUUCUUGAUGGUUUAGCACUUGAGAUUUUACAGGUUUCCUGCUAGUUCGACGAGUCAAACGAUUAUUACUGUAUUUCUAUUUUUUUGGUUCUCAGAGUUUAACUGCCUUGUUUCUGCAAAAAAAAUAAACUAAAAGGAAAUUUAAA